AUGCCUGACACUGAACAAGAGACCAGAAUUCGGGAAUGGAAUCAAUCAGUGCCCGAAUCCAUCAACGGUUGCGUACACGAACUCAUAUCAAGUAUUGCACAUCGACAGCCGGAUGCAUACGCUAUCAACGCGUGGGAUGGCGAUUUUACAUACUCCCAGCUUGACACGCUGUCAAAUACCCUUGCAUGUCGCCUCGUUCAGCUCGGCGUAACACUACGAUCAAACGUUCCGCUGUACUUUGAGAAAAGCAAAUGGACUCCUAUCGCACAGCUUGCUAUCAUCAAAACUGGCUCAGCUGCAAUAGCCCUCGAUGCCAGCCAUCCUCUCGAAAGGCUCCGGACUAUUGUGAAUCAAACCAAACCGAAGAUCAUCAUUUCAUCAAAAAAGAAUGCAGAGCGUGCAGCGCUUCUCAGCAACGCAGAUGUACUGAUAUUAGACGACGACUUACUCGCCACUGGACCAACAUCUGGCAGUCUCCCGAGCGUAUCCCCAUCCGAUAUCGUUUACAUCUCGUUCACAUCCGGAACAACUGGCGUACCAAAGGGCGCACAAAUAAGCCACUCCAACGUCAGAAGUUCCGUCCACCACCAAGGCAAGCUUCUGGGGUUCAAGAAAGAUUCUCGUGUGCUGGACUUUGCGCCAUACAGCUUCGAUGUGUCCUGGAGUAACUUUUUCCACACGCUAUGCGCUGGUGGAUGUCUCUGCAUCCAAGGUGAGCAGGACAUGUUAGAGGACCUUUUCUCUGCCAUCGAUACUACAAAGACAUCAUUGAUCAAUGUCACACCGACGGUCUUACGGACGCUUCUGGCUAUUCCGCCUUCACUUAAGACUGUACUUAUGAGCGGAGAGAUUCCUUAUCGGGAGAAUAUUGCGCGUUUUGCGGGUCAGGUUCGAUUGCUGAAUACGUACGGACCAACCGAAACUACAUUCAAGUGCGCCUUUAGCGUCCUGGAUUCAACGGCGCAAGAUCGUCCCGAUGUUGGCAGAGGAGUCGGAUUUUGUACUUGGAUAGUUGAUCCAAAUGACGACUCCAAAUUGAUGGCCAUCGGUGAAACCGGAGAGCUACUCCUGGAAUCGCCCAUGGUGGGUCAAGGCUAUCUGGGAGAUCCAGCGAAGACUACGGCAGCGUUCAUUGACAACCCUGCUUGGUUAGGUCGUAGCGGAAGGCUGUACAAGACUGGAGACCUUUUCAAAUACAAGCCGGAUGGAAAGUUACUGUUUGUUGGACGAAAAGAUGACGACAAUCAGCGCAAGAUCCGUGGCCAGCGUGUUGAGCUUGGAGAUGUGCAGCAUCACUGUUCGUUGAUUCUUGGCGAGCAGCUGCCAGUUCUUGUGGAUGUUGUUAAACCCAAGGGAGCCUCAGACCAUACUUUGACUCUAUUUGUGCGGGUUUCUGAAGGCGAGCGUGACCGCAUCAAGCCACUGUUGGAUGCAAUGCGCCAAAAGUUACCAGACGUUUUGCCAGGCUUCAUGAUCCCCCAGCUGAUGAUUCCCAUAAACGAGAUCCCCAAAGCUUCUACUGGAAAGACUGAUAGACGGAAACUGAGAGAUAUGGCUGCAUCCAUGUCUUUUGAAGAGCUGCUCGAGCAGCAGUACACAAUCUUGCCACGGUCUGCUCGCCAUCAACCUGCAACAGAGAUCGAGGAAAAGUUGCUACAGAUUUGGGCAACUGUUCUGGGAACCAGUGCUCUGAAUAUCAGCACGACUGAUAGCUUCCUCGGCCUUGGAGGCGACUCAAUAUCUGCCAUGCGAAUGGUUGCUGCAGCAAGACGGGAGAAUCUCGCCAUCACCUUCGCAAACGCCUUCCGGACUGGAUCUUUAUCGCAACUGGCAGAAACCGCCCAUAUAACGUGCAACUCCACCGGAGACGAGUCUCUCAUUGCGCCAUUCUCCCUGUUGAGCGGAUCAGCCACCGAGGAUGAAGUCCGCACGGAAGCGGCGAGACUAUGCGGCAUCGAGUUUACGCAUGUGGAGGACGUCUUUCCAUGCACGCCAAUUCAGGAAGGGAUUCUAGCUUCGACAAUUCAUGAUGCGAGCGGUUAUGUGCUGAAGACGGCAUACACUCUACCAGAGUCAGUCGAUCUGGAAAGAUUCCGACAAGCUUGGGAGACGGUGUUGAAUCGCCAGCCCGUACUUCGCACAAGGAUAAUAUCUCUGGUCGGCGAGGGUCUAGUGCAAGUCGUGGUCAACUCAAGCCUCUCGCAAAUUGGAUCAGCAGUUUGUGAGAACCCCAUUGGGCUGGGAACUCCGCUCUGCCGAAUUGACACUUCUAACCUGGAAGGGAAAAGAAUAUUCGUCCUGGAAUUGCAUCAUUCCAUUUUCGAUGGAUGGAGUCGUCCGCUCAUUCUUGAUGCCGUCGAUGCGGUUUAUCGUUCCGACACUCCAAUUGUACCGUCAGUUCCAUACCAGAGAUUUGUUCGCCAUGUGCUUGCCGCAAGAUCAGAACAAUCUGCAGACUUCUGGCGAAAGCAACUGAGUGGUGUGGAUGCUACGAUGUUCCCGCCAAAAGCUUCUCCGGGAACGAAGAUGGAUUUGGAGCAUGCAAUCUCCGAUAUGGCCUGGCCCAAGAGCACCACUACCCCUUCCACAAUCAUAAGAGGCGCCUUGGCGAUCUUGAUAGCAUCAUACACGAAUUCAGACGAUGUUCUCUAUGGCGCCACGACUAGUGGUAGGCAGGUCGCAUUGCCAGGCAUUGAAAAUAUGCUUGGUAUUACGGCAGCUACCAACCCGGUAAGGGUGAAGAUUAAUUGGGACUGUAUAUUGCUUGAGUUGCUGGAGCAAAUGCAGACUCAGAUGGUUGAAAUUGGCGAGCAUGAGCAGUACGGGUUGCAGCACAUACACCGAGCUGUUGGAAGCGAAGAAGCGAGCCAGUUUCAGCUUUUGCUCGUCGUACAGCCGCGGCAACAGGUAGAGGAAGGGCAGAGCGGAUUGUUUCGAUCCCCCCGAACACUUUCAGUGCAUGGAGAUGAAAGCACUGCACAAGGUGUCUUCAAUUCUUACGCUAUGAUGAUACAAUGCUUUUACGACGAAAGUGGAGUUUCUCUGGACAUCAACUUCGACUCGGCUUGUAUCACCGAGACACAGUGUACAAGAUUCACUCAACAGCUCGAGCAUCUUCUGCGGCAGAUGUGCUCUGGAAUGUGCAAUCAGAAAAGAAUAAGAGAUUUGACACUGGUCGGCCCGCAUGAUAUGCAGCAGAUUCUCAGCUGGAAUAGUGCGCCAACGAAACUCGCGUCAAGAACCAUCAUGAGCACUCUCAUUGAGAAUGCCUCAAAAGACCCAGAUAGAGUUGCAAUCUCUGGAUCGAUCGAAGUAACAUACAAAGAGCUGACAACUCUUGCAGCAGCAUUCGCAAGAAGCCUGCUUCGUCUAGGUGUGACGGCUGGCGAGAUUGUUCCCAUUUGCUUGGAUAAGUCCGCCUAUUUCCCAGUGGCCAUGUUGGGAAUUAUGCAGGCCGGUGUUGUGGCGCUGCCCAUGGCCUCAUCGACGUCCUCUGAGCGUGCCGGUACCAUCGUCACCUCCCUGAAGCCAAGGAUUGCCAUCACGAAUCUCGCUUUGUUUGAUGGUUUGCUUGAGACUGUCUCUAUUGCGACACUACAAGAGGCCUCUGAAGUGGUGCAUGAUGAUCAGAUCCAAUUACCAGAGAUAGAGCUUUCGGCGCCUGCUCUGUGUUUAUUCACUUCUGGAAGCACUGGGAAGCCGAAAGGCAUACGAUGGAGUCACUUGACCUUGUCCAGCAACGCAUACGCCGCAGCCGAAUCAUUCGGUCUAAGAUCGCAAAGCAAGAUCUUUCAAUUUGCUGCGUACGAUUUCGAUGUAGCUCACGUCGAGACUUUCGCCGCUUUGUCGAUUGGAGCGUGUCUUUACAUCCCUACUGAAUUCGACAGAAUCAAUCACCUCACUAAUGCGAUCAAUGAGUCGGGAGCCAACUGGCUGUGUCUUACUCCCUCUGUCUCCGRGCUACUUGAUCCUGUUCCGAACAUCCGCACGUUGGUAUUUGCCGGAGAGAAGCUUACGACUGAGACAUCAGCGAAAUGGAUCGAUCGCGUCGACUCGCUCUUCAAUUGGUACGGACCCGCAGAGGCAUCAGUUGCGACUUUCACUUGUGUCAAAGGUGCAACUCCCGCAGGUAUUGGCCGCAGCUCAAACUAUGGCCGUGCUUGGCUUGUUGAUCCACGGAAUCCAGGCUUGCUCGCACCAAUUGGUAGUGUUGGGGAGAUUUGUGUUGAAGGCGGUGUCCUAUCCGAUGGAUACAUUGGAGAGGAUGCGGAUCAGAGCGCCUUUAUCCAGUCCGAGCUCAUCCCCGGCGAGGUCACUAAGCUUUAUCGCACUGGAGACUAUGGAAUGUACGAUGWGGCUGGCAAUAUUAUCUUCCGAGGCCGCAAAGAAGAUUCGCUACAGAAGUUGAGAGGACAGCGGAUCCGUAUUGAUGAAGUGGAAGCACAAGCACAAUCGAUUGUCAAUGAUAUUUUCGAGGCUCGAGUGGUGGUCGACAUCAUCACACCACUCAACAGCGACUCCGCGAUGCUUGUUCUUUUCGUCGGUCCAGCGAGCUCCUCGUCAGAAGCAGACAUCUUCGAAAUCUUGAAGACUGCAUUCCCAGCAGAACGGCUUGAGGAGUGUCUUUCGACAACAUUGCCAUCAUAUCAGAUUCCUAGGCUCUACUAUCCACUCGUGGACAUCCCCAUCGGACCAACGGGAAAGACUGAUAGGAGGAAACUCCGUAAGCUUGGGAGUUCCUCAACACUUGGGGAAUUGCUGAAAAUGCAACCCAAUCGAACCGAAGCCAGAGCUCCUUCAACGGCGGCCGAGCGAUGGCUGCAGCAUCUAUGGUCGAUCGUGAUUGGCAUCGACCAAGAAGCGAUCUCUGCAAAUGAUCACUUCUUCCGUCUUGGCGGAGAUUCGAUUUCUGCCAUUCGCCUUGUUUCAAUGGCGAGGGACCACGGUCUACGUCUUAAACUCACUGCUGCCAUGAUUUUUCAGUUUCCAAAGCUGUGCGAUCUGGCAAUGGCUGCCCAGCCGGGAUCUGAAGCGAUUGACACCGACGUGUCUCCUUUCUCUCUUCUUCCGAAAGACACGUGCGCUACUGAUGCCCGUGAAUAUGCCGCUGGGGCUUGUCAAGUUCUACCCUCCCAAAUUAUCGACAUAUACCCCACAUCUUCACUCCAGGCGGGUCUUCUUUCCAUGACUGCCAAGAACGCCGGCCAGUAUAUAUCACGCAGCAUUCUGGAACUUCAGACCAAUAUAGACCCCGAUCGUUUAAAGGCUGCAUGGCUAGCUACAGUUGAUAGGCUGCCAAUCCUACGGACAAGGAUCAUAGACUAUGCUGGUGACUUGGUGCAGGUCGUGCUCACGACUCUGCCCAUGUACGAUGCGGACGAUGUUCAGGAAUACCUGCUUCUCGAUGAGAGCAGAUCGAUGGGCCUAGGAACCGAGCUAUGUCGCGCUGCUGUCGUGGGGCAACAGUACUUUGUGCUCACCAUACACCAUUGUUUAUACGACGGAAGCUCUCUGCCCAUGAUUCUCGACACGUUACAAGCCUUCUACCAGCAAGUGACACUACCAGAAGUCACUCCGUAUCAGAGUUUCAUCAAGUAUCUCACGCAAAGCGAUCCAGACUCCAGUGCAACAUACUGGAAGAAUCAUUUGUCAAACAGCGAGCUUCAGCAAUUUCCGGUACUUCCAUCGCCAACGUACACGCCCCAAGCAGACCAGCGCCUCACGCAUACAGUCGAUCUGCCCUGGCCUCGUCUUGGUAUCACCCCUUCAACUAUUCUCCGCGCUGCGUGGGCCCGGCUUACAUCACAGUAUACAAUGUCUCCUCAUGUUGUCUUUGGAGCAACAGUGAGUGGAAGACAGGCUGAUGUGAUUGGUGUCGAUCGAGUCGGAGGCCCGACGGUUUCGACAGUGCCCGUCGCAGUCUCUCUUGACGUGAACGAGGAUCUGCAGGAAUUUCUACUGCGCAUACAACAAGAAGCUGCCGAUAUGGUUCCUCAUGAACAAUAUGGCUUGCAGAAGAUACAAGCGCUCGUAGAAGAUAGGCGGCGGUCGCUUUUCCAAUCUUUACUGGUCGUACAGCCGAUUGCAGAAGGUAGCAGCCUGGAUCAUGAUAGCUACUUGUUCAAGGCACGAACUUGGGCGGCCAGCGUGGAGACCCAAGGCAYGGACCCGUUCAAUACCUACGCAAUGAUGUUGGUUUGCGUGCCRAACAAAUCUGGCCUUGAGUUGACUAUAAGCUAUGACCGAGGGGUCAUGCCAACCGCUCAAGUUGAACUUCUAACAGCUCAGUUCGAGACAGUAGUCCGUCAACUUUGUUCAGAUCKACCCACCAGGCUAGGUGACAUCCAAGUUGCAAGUCCGCAGGAUCUCGACUUCUUCUGGACGCAGAACAUGACCCCACCGGACGAACCAACCAGUCGAGUGCACGACUUGAUCUCUUUACAAGCGUUGAACCGGCCGACAGAGGUAGCCAUCGAUGCUUGGGAUGGCCAAUUCACCUAUCAAGAAGUGGAAGAACUGUCAACAGUCCUUGCGCGAAAGCUCAUUACCCUAGGGGUGACGCCAGGCUCUGUGGUCCUUUUAUCCCUGGAGCGAAGUAGAUGGACGGCGAUUUUGCAGCUUGCCGUCUUGAAAGCUGCGGGUACAAUGAUGCUGCAGUCCACCUCCGUGCCGAUAGAAAGACUCCGUAGAAUCCUCAAGAACGUCCCGACAGUACUGGCCAUUGCGACGGAGGAGAGGUACAAAGACGUGAGCCCCCUGCUGCGUACUUUCACACCAGAAGAACUUGUGUCUAUGAAGGCAAUAUCCACUCCACGCCUACCACCCGUCAAGAUGAAUUCUGCUGCCGCGAUUCUUGUAUCCAGUGGUUCCACGGGCGAGCCCAAGGUAAUUCUAUGGAGCAAUACCACUCUCGCGGCGAAUGUCGUAGCCAUGAAACAUGCCACAGGACUGGAUCAGGACUCUCGGCUUUUCUCAUUCUGCAGUCACGACUUUGACGUUUGCACAAUUGAAAUGAUGGCGACACUGGUCUAUGGUGGUCGACUUUGUAUCGCUGCUCAAGAAGAACUACACAAUAGCAUGAGUUCUGCUAUGCGACGUUUCGAAAGCAAUUUUGUUAUACUAACCCCCUCUGCUUCUAAGCUUCUUCGCCCGGAUGAAGUCUCGGACUUGGCUACGAUCGUAUUCGCUGGGGAGGCUUUGGUUCAAGAGACAGUUGAUCUGUGGCAGGGACGAAGAAUCGUGAAUUGGUAUGGACCAUGUGAAUGUAGCCCAGGAACAUUUUGCACAGUAUUCAGUAAAUGGCAAAGUGGUGCCAUCGGCGAGACCGAUUCCAGUUAUUCGACACGAUGCUGGCUUGUCGACCCUUCGGAUCAUGAAAGUCUGACAUUGGUUGCGCGUGGCGCACCUGGCGAGAUUGUCCUCGAAGGCCCUGCUUGCGCUAUUGGAUAUCUUGGACCAGGGGCUCCGGAGAAUCGCUUUCUGAGCAGCCCACCGUUUUUGACCCGAGGUCAUGAAGGAUUUGCGGGAAGACAUGGACGGGUCUACCGUACUGGCGACCUUGCUUGCUUCAACUCGGAAGGAAUGCUCGUCUUCAAGGGCCGAAAAGACUCUUCGUUGAAGAUUAGAGGACAACUCGUUUCUCCAAACGAAGUGGAGCACCAUAUUCGACGACUGCUUCCUUUGAUCGAGGAUGUGCAAGUAGUGGUCGAUACCGUCUCUCACUCAGGAAGUGAGGUCGUUCAUCUCGCGGCAUAUAUCGCCAGCCCAUCAUUUUCCGCCGGAGAUGCCUCACAAGCCGAUUUCACGACACUACGUCAGGACCUUGAGGCUGUUCUACCGUCUUUUGCAAUUCCAAAUUUAUACAUACCACUCGAAACUCUGCCAUUGACUGCGACAGGGAAAGUCAACCGCCUUCGGCUGCGGGAGUUGGGCUGCGCUUUUGAACCCCCGAGAGAAGAGGUGCAACGCCACGAGAGUCCUCGCGAUACUGCAGAGCGAGCAUUACAAUCGCUUUGGGCACAAGUGCUGCGGUUGGAAAUUGAGAAUAUUUCCAGGAAUGACAACUUCCUACGCAUUGCUGACUCAGUACAAGCCAUGCGAAUGGUUGGCCUCGCCCAGCGACAAGGUCUUUCUCUGACUGUAGCCGACAUAUUUCGCUUCCCUCUGCUGAAGGACAUGGCGAAAUGUAUGAAGAGCACGGGUGUGACCGACAUUGCGUCGACAGCCCCUUUCGCACUGCUGGAUUCGGACAUCAACGCCAUUGAAGCACGGAGAGAUGCGGCGUCAAUCUUGGGCGUAGAUGCUUCCAGUCUAGAGGAUAUGUAUCCGUGCACUCCACUCCAGGAAGGACUUCUGGCUCUGACGGUGAAGAUGCCCGGAUUCUACAUCGGUCUGAAUGUACUCACCAUCGCACCUGGAAUAGAUAUUGCUCGAUUCAAGACUGCAUGGGAUGGAGUUGUUGAGGCAACAUCUAUCCUUCGAACACGAAUCAUCGACUGUCCCGAGCGUGGACUUUUGCAAGCUGUGGUAAAAGGUGCCACUCAAUGGUCCCCUGCCACGACACUUGAUCAAUUCAUACGCGAGGGACAGGAGAAUCCGAUCGGACUGGGCACUCCACUUGCUCGCUUUGGACUUUUGCGCCCUGACGAUGGAUCGCAGGGACAGUUGGUGCAAUUCUGCCUGGAAAUGCACCACAGUAUCUACGACGGAACCACUUUGAUCAUGCUGCGUGAGGCGCUCGAGCAGCGUUAUCUUGGCGAAAGAGAGGUGCCGCUAGAACCUUUCGCCUCUUUCAUCGCACACAUGCUCGCCACUGACAAAGAAGAGGAGACAAGCUUCUGGAAAGAUCAAUUCCAACACUUGGAGGCACCAUCAUGGCCAGCAUUGCCGAGUGAAGGAUACUCCCCUAGACCCGCAUCCGGAUACACACAUACAAUCAGUGAUAUGCCAUGGAGGACAGAUGGCUGCACCAGUUCCACUUUGAUUCGAGMUGCCUUCUCUUUGGUGGCUAUGAAGUACACAGACUCCUCUGAUUUCGUUUUCGGAACCAUAGUCUCGGGCCGUAAAGCAGCAGUCCCCGGCAUCGAACGCAUUGCUGGACCGACCAUUUCGACAAUACCUGUGAGGGUCAACUAUGAGGCUGGUGAAACGACGAUCGGGUCUCUCCUGACAAGUAUCCAGAAGAACGAGACAGACUCUAUCAAAUUCGAGCAAACAGGAAUUUCGAGGAUCCGCCAAGUGAGCGAGGAAGUGCGACAGGCGUGCCAAUUCCAGUCCGCUAUUGUCAUUCAGCCGGAAGAGAUCGAUAUGUCUGCGAGCUCAUGCUUUGUCCCUGAGCUAGAACAUUCCAAGGCCGAUUCCAACACCUUUUCUGGUUUCAAUAUCUAUGGGUUGAUGCUAGUUUGUACCCUACAGAGACAAAAGCCCAACGAUGCCGGCGGAUUAAGUUUGCAGUUCAGCUUCGAUGAGAAUAUGAUUGACUCCGCGACAAUCGCGCACUUUUCCCGGCAAUUUGAGAAAACCUUACGACAGUUGAACGAACUAGACCUCAUAUCUAAGGUCUCCGAGGUCGAUGUCGUUCCAUUGAAUGAACUAGAGCAGAUCCGGGAAUGGAAUCAGGAACUUGUCCCAGCAAGCCAGACAGCAGUACAUGCCAUGAUCACCGAAGUUGCGCUGCGCCAGCCUGACGAUUUGGCCAUCUCUGCCUGGGACGGAGAUCUCACAUACAGCCAACUGGACCAUCUCUCGACUGGUAUUGCUCACCGUCUGAUUGAGCUCGGGGUUGUGAGGAAUACGGUAGUGCCUCUCUGCUUUGAAAAGAGCAAGUUCAACACCGUUGCAUGUUUGAGCGUGAUGAAAGCUGGUGGCGCUGUCCUUAUGCUCGACUGUUCCCAGCCGGAAGCUCGUCUUAAGUCCAUUCUUCAGCAGGUCGAGCCUAUGGUCAUAUUGUCGUCUUCAGUCAACGAAGCACUUUGUGCACGACUGUUCUCGAAAGUUGUGGUGCUGGGCGACCUUUAUUCUUACACUCAUGUGAAAGCGGCUAUACUUCCGCGUGUCGAGCCCUCAGACUUGCUGUUCGUUAUACCAACGAGUGGAUCUACCGGAGUUCCCAAACUAUGCAUGCUGAGCCACUCUAACUUCUGCACUGCUUCAGAACAGCAGAGUCACAUUUUACAGCUUGGCAAGACAUCCCGAUUCUACGAUUUCUCCAGCUACGCUUUCGAUGCAGCGCACUUCACCAUGGUUCACUGUUUGACGAACGGCGGCACCCUUUGCGUGCCAUCAGAAGAGGAGCGCAGAGAUCGACUGACAGAAAGCAUUCGCGACUUCCAGUCCACAGAAAUUUUCCUCACGCCUACUACAGCGCGCAUCAUCGAUCCGAGUCUGAUACCUACGAUGCGAAACGUUUACUUUGGCGGGGAACAAGUGUCCAGGGACGAUCUGGUACCCUGGGUUUCGUCUACGACGACAUGUCAUGUCGUCUAUGGACCUUGUGAGUGCACGGCAUGGGCGACGUCUUGGAAAGUCCCCAAUCCUGUACCACGGACCAUUUCUCUUGGGAGAGCUGUUGGCCAGACCGCUUGGGUUGUAGACAGAUCCGGAAAUCGGCUUUCUGGGGUUGGUCACAUUGGCGAGCUGUUCCUCGAAGGUAGCCUCGUUGGCUUGGGCUACUAUGGAGACCCGGAAAGGACUGCUGGCUCGUUUCUGAAUAGCCCCGAAUGGCUACAGUCUGGGGGUCCUGGUAAUCAAGGACGACUCGGCCAAGUCUACAGGACUGGUGAUCUUGUUCGGUUACGAUCGAAUGGCACCCUUGAUUUCAUCGGAAGAAAAGAUCUCCAGACAAAGAUAAGAGGGCAAAGAAUCGAGCUUUCGGCAGUGGAACAUCACGUUCGAACAAUCCUGAGCGAGCACUUCACGAUCAUUGAUCUGGUUGCUGAAGUCAUAACACCAAAGGUCACACAACGACCCGUGCUGGUCGCUUUCUUGCAGGUCGAUGAAACUCAGCAAGCGGCUCUCGAGAAAUUCAUGGAUGAUCUUAACUUCAAGUUGGAGCAGCAAGUUCCAGGAUACAUGGUUCCUGGUUCAUAUCUUCUGGUUCCUGAUAUCCCGCAAACUGCUGGAGGUAAGGCGAAUCGGAAAGCUCUGAGAGAGCUAGGUGCGAAUCUCUCCCUCGAACAACUCAAGCGCCAGGAUGUUCCUACCAGUAAAACGUCGCCUCUCACGCAUUCUGAGAUGAUGCUACAAGGUCUUUGGUCCCAGGUCCUGGGAAUGGCCUCGGACGACAUCACUUCCAGCAGCAGCUUUAUUCGCCUCUCAGGUGACUCGAUUUCAGCAAUGCAGCUAUCUGCUCUCGCUCGCCGUAAAGGAUACUCGUUAUCUGUAGUGGACAUACUCAAAGCCCCAGUGCUUUCAGAAAUGGCCCGUGCCAUGAAGACUGUGGAAGUCGACACGUCAAGCUCUGACAACAUACCAAAGCCCUUCGCGCUCCUCAAGGACCCCUCACGAUCGAAGAGCAGCAUCAGAGAAGCCGCAGAUCUGUGCAAUGUCAGCGAAGCGACCAUCGAAGAUAUUUACCCGACUACUGCUGUUCAACAGGGCCUCCUAGCAGUCACAUCGCAAAGACCAGGCGAUUACGUUGCGCGUAUUGCAUUGGAGUUGAGAGAUGAUGUUGAUUUAUCACGACUUAAGGAAGCUUKGGAAGUCGUCAGUAAAGAAUAUGCACCCAUACUGCGCAACCGGGUGAUCCACAUCGAUGGGGAAGGACUGGUACAGGUCCAGAUUACCGAACCACUCUCAUGGAGUUACUACAAGAGUGUCGAAGAAGUCCUGGCGGACGAUGCUUCUCGCUUGAUGGGCCUUGCGCAGCGCCUAACUCGUAUGGCUAUUCUGGAGGACGCCCAGAGUAAGAAGACGAGCUGUAUCCUGACGCAGUCGCAUGCUGUACACGAUGGAGCGUCCCUGAAUCUAUUACUCGAUCAGGUCGCAACAGUAUACGCUGGGGGCCAUGAGUUGUCUGGUGUUCGGUCUCCACCAUUCCAGGCUUUCAUUGCCCAAAUCACGAAUCUUGAUCGCGAGAUUUCUGCACAAUUCUGGACCGAGCAGUUCCUCGACUGCGAGGCCACACCAUUCCCAUCGCUUCCAAGCCCUGACCAUCAUCCCCGAGCCGAUUGCGCGGUACAGGCUAGUUUCCGAGACAUCMGAUGGCCAGAGGAUGCAACACCGUCAGCAGCUCUACGAUGUGCUUGGGCAAUCUUGACAGCAAGAUACACAGAUGCAAACGAUGUCGUCUUUGGGGCUCUUGUCACUGGUAGGCAGGCACCUGUGAGUGGAAUUGAUCAGAUGAUCGCGCCAUUAAUCGCUGCUCUGCCCAUAAGAAUCCGCUGCGACCCGAACUCUACCGUAGAAGAGCUCCUCAAGAGUAUUCAACUUCAGGCCAUUCAGAUGAUCCCGUAUGAGCACAGCGACAUGUCAGCCGUUCGAGAUAUCAGCGGGACUAUGCAAUACAACACUCUGCUAGUCAUUCAACCUCCUCGCAGAGUUCAGGAUGAAUCUACCAAAGCCGAGAGCCUUUUUGCUCGUCGCUCUGAAUUACAGUCCUCUCUCAGCGGGCUGGACACUUUUAAUCCGCACGCUCUCAUGGUUCUGUGCCAGCUCAAAGGCCCAAACCACAUUGAUUUGGAGUUUAGCUUCGACUCAAACGUUAUCGAUGCAGCUCAGGUAAAGCGAAUGGCAGCUCAACUAGAGACUAUCCUGCGACAGAUUUCCUCUCAAGGAACACGUCGCGUGGGUGACAUCGAAGCAAUCAGCUCUCAAGACAUCAGGCAACUCUGGAACUGGAACGCCGAAGUGGAACCGCAGGUGAAUGAAUGUAUUCAUCAGAUGAUUACAACCACAGCCCAACGAGAUCCAAAUGCGGCAGCCAUCUGCGCAUGGGACGGUGAUCUUACAUAUGAAGAAUUGGAGCAUUACUCUAAUCGCCUCGCCUCGAAACUCAUGACUUGUGGGGCUGGACCAGGACAUGUCAUCCCACUUUGCUUCUCCAAGAGUGUAUGGAUGCCCGUCUCAGCUCUCGCAGUUUUCAAAGCUGGAUCAGCUGCUGUUUCGAUGGAUGCAUCGCAACCUGAGGGUCGUUUACGCGCUAUCGUUGAGCAGUUACAUCCCUCUAUUCUCAUUUCUUCGAUUUGCCAUGAAGAUUUGGCGAGGAGAUUAUCUACUACGGCCCAAGUCAUCACUGUCAGUAGGGAAAGUGAUUGGAAUGCCUCCAUCCCGUCUGUCCUCUGGCCGAAAGUAUCGCCAUUGGAUGUCCUGUAUAUUGUUUUCACAAGUGGAUCUACUGGAACUCCCAAGGGUAUCGUCACCACCCAUGCCAAUUUCGCAUCGGCUGCUAUUCAUCAAGAUGAUGCUUUGCGUGUCAAGAAGGGUACACGAGUUUUUGAUUGGGUGAGCCUUAGUUUUGACGUGCAAUGGUCGAAUUUACUUCACACGCUCAUCCAUGGAGCCACACUGUGCAUUCCAUCAGAACACGAAAGGCGCAACGACAUAGCCGCAUCUCUCAACCGAAUGCAGGCCGAUUACGUGUACUUCACACCUUCAGUUGCCGCAUCUCUUGAUCCAUCCACCAUGCCCGGAAUCAAGACUCUAGCCAUGGGUGGAGAACCGAUUCGCUCGGCAGAAAUCGCCCGCUGGAAACAGACGGAGGCUGUCAUAGGGAUCUAUGGACCCGCAGAAAACGCCCAGGCACUAUCUAUAGUCGAUUUGACUCCUUCAAGCCGGAACGGUCAUGUAGGUCAUUCAUUCGGCGGUAGAACUUGGCUGGUUAUUCCUGGCUGCCCUGAUCGACUGGCAGCCAUAGGAACUGUUGGGGAGCUUAUGAUUGAGGGGCCGAGUGUAGCAAGAGAGUACUUUGAAGCCAAGGACAAGACAGAUGCGGCUUUCAUCCAUGAUCCUCCUUGGCUUCUGCAAGGUGCACCUGAUCAUCCUGGUCGACGCGGGAGACUCUACAAAACCGGAGAUCUGUUGAAGCAGAAUUCGGAUGGAACGCUCGAUUUUGUAGGACGCAAGGAUGCGCUCGUGAAACUCAGGGGUCAGCGUAUUGAACUCACGGAGGUCGAGUUCCACGUCGCGCAAUUUCUCCCGCUGGGAAUUGGUGCAGCGGCAGAGAUUAUCAUUCCCGCAGGCACUGAAUCUCCACUUCUCGCCAUAUUCGUCGUCACCAGACCCGAACACCUUGGAGCAACCAUCGAAGGUGUCGAGGAGCGACUGGCAGAAAUCGUCCCACGAUACAUGGUACCCGGAGCUUGGAUUCCUGUGGAUGCGAUUCCCAUGACGACGACCAGUAAAACCGACAGGCGUGCUCUACGUGAGAUUGGAAGUCGAUAUACUCUCGAGAGCAUUGCGAGUUUCCAAUCAGCAGGCGGCAGCAUCAGUCGUCCUCCGGAAUCUAGCAUGGAAAAGCGUAUGGCGGCUCUCUGGUCCAAUGUACUCGGCAUCGACAUAUCAUCAAUCAGUCGUGGAUCUAGCUUCAUGAGGAUUGGAGGAGAGAGUAUCGCUGCGAUGCAGCUCGUCGCUGCUGCCAGACGUCAAAAUAUCCGAAUCACAGUUGCUGAUGUCUUUUCCAAUGCAAAGCUGGAAAAUCUUGCAUUGGUCGCAAGAGAGAUAGGGCAUGUGGAGGAAGAACACAUUCGCCAUCAACCAUUCUCGCUUCUACGCCACCCUCAUCUGAAGGAAUUCUUGGAAGAGUGUGUGCAGCAUCUACUACUUCAUGAUAUCGAUCAGAAACUAGAAAAUGUGCUUCCUGCCACCGACUUUCAAAAACAAGCCAUCGAAGACGCUUUGCAGGACCCACCUAGCAGAUGGCCGCACUGGAUCCUGGAUCUCCCAUCAAACGUCGACUUUCAACGUUUACGACAUGCUUGCGCGAAGCUCGUGCAGCAUUUCGAAAUACUGCGCACCGUUUUCGUUUCGCUCGAUGAUCAAUACUGGCAGGUCGUCUUAUCAGAGCUCUCUCCGCCCUUUGAUCUCAUCGAGACUGAGGAGGGACAAUCAGUCGAUGCGGUGAAGUCUGCUUGCGAGCAAGACUUACUUCGUCCACGUAAUCUCGGGGCAUCCUUUGUCCGGUUCAUGGCUGUCAAAUGCUCAGAUGGCCAGCACAAACUGAUUUUCAGACUUUCUCAUGCUCAGUUUGAUGGUUUCAGUUUCGGACUCGUGCUCCAAACGCUGUCUCAAUUCUACACAACAGAUAGCCUGCCCAGCCCUCCGUCGUUUGCAGACGUCAUGUCUUUCAACAGUUCAAGAAAGCAGGAAACCUACAAAUAUUGGUCUGCAAAGCUCGACGGUUCGAAAUAUCCCGGUUGGAGUGCGACGUCCUCCUCUGCGACGAAGAGUGGUUAUUCGACUACGGAUCGACUUCUAAUCUCCAAGAAGAUCGCCCCCAUGCCAACCAUCAGUCAAUGUGGAGAUAUUUCGCCUGCCACAAUAUUCCACGCUGCCUGCGCUCUGGCAUUCUCGCAACAUUUCGGCCAACGGGACGUAGUAUUUGGACGACUCGUCACAGGGCGAUCAAUGUUACCGAGCAGUCUGCAGCAUACAGUUGGACCUCUACUCACCGAAGUCCCAAUCAGACAUACAGUCCGCCCAGACGAUACACUUCUUGAGAUUGCGCAGGAUAUGCAGGCUCGCUUCAUAGAAGAUUCCAAGCACGAGGCAGCAGGGAUGGUGGAAAUCAUCCACCGGGCAACCAAUUGGCAGGAAGAGGAUUUUGGAUGGCGGACGGCUUUUCAGCAGGAGCAAGAAGAUUCGUUCACUUUUCUGGAGUCUCCUAGCAAAGUAUCAUUCUUUGAAAGGGAUGUUCUUCCACGGAAUCGACCGGAGAUCUAUGCCACUCCCCAACAAAAUGGUCAAUUGGAGCUUGAAUUCGAGGGAAAUCUGCAGCUUAUUUCGAGAGCUACGGCAGAUGCUGUUCUUGGACGAUUGCAGAAGAUAUUGGCCGAUUUCGGAAAAUGCCGUGAUGGUGUAACAGCCGGCCAACGUUGA